AUGCUAUGAAGUUAGUUAAUUCGACAUUUUUGCAGCUAAAUGCUAAUGUAAUCACAUGUACGUACUCCAAAAAAAAGGUGAUAAAGUGCUGUUAAGUGUACAAGUUUAUAGCGGUUUAUUUCUAGUACUCUAUUUAAAUUAGAGAUGCAAAAUGAAAUGCAUCGGUAAUGUAAUAUGCGUCUUAAAGUGUUGGUAAAUAUGGGAUGGUAGCUACACUACAAAUCGUUAAAUGUGCACGUUUUAUCAUCGCCUGCGCAAUGCAGAUUAUUUAUACCUUUUAGGCACUAUCGCCAUUUUAAUUUUUCCUAAUGUUUUUGUACAAAAUUUCUUCAUAAAUUGUGAUAGCGUCGAUUACACUUUAAGAGACUGGUCUUGAAUGGCUUCCAAAGGCUAAGGUGUUUUUUUUUGUGAAAUCCACAAUAAUAACAAAAAAAAUGGAAUUUGCACAUCCACCUCCGGUACAUUUGCCAAAUGCAAAUAUGUCCAUACCACCACCAAAUAUGAAUAUGGGUGGAACACCAAUGGGGCCUCCUCCGAUCAACAACACCUUUAACCAGAAAUUUGACUCGCGAAACGGUUUUAAUAAUACGCGCCCACCUUUUCGUCCGUUCCUAAAUCUCCAAAGACCCCUGCCCGGUCCUUUAAACACAAUGACCUUAGAAGAUUUCGACGGCAAACGUCUGAGAAAGUCUGUGAUGCGAAAAACUGUCGAUUAUAAUUCUGCGAUCAUAGUGGCAUUAGAAAAUAGAAUUUGGCAAAGGGAUUAUCGCGAUCGCAGAGCUCUCCAGCCCGACGUGAUGUAUUACCCUGACAUGAUGCCUCCGCCCAGCUAUCCCGAUAAUCCGAUUAAUUGUGUUACGACACGUUUUGUGAAGACUGCUACAAAUAAAAUGCGAUGCCCCAUUUUUUGUAUGGCGUGGACGCCGGAAGGUAGACGUUUAGUUACUGGCGCCAGUUCGGGAGAGUUUACUCUGUGGAAUGGGCUCACGUUUAAUUUCGAGACGAUUUUGCAAGCACACGACAGUCCAGUUCGAUGUAUGGUGUGGUCACACAAUGACAGUUGGAUGGUGACGGGCGAUCAUGCGGGCUACGUAAAAUAUUGGCAGUCUAAUAUGAAUAAUGUGAAGAUGUUCCAGGCACAUAAAGAAGCCCUUCGUGGCAUAAGCUUCAGCCCUUUCGACUCCAAAUUUGUGACUUGUUCAGAUGAUGGGACCUUACGUACUUGGGACUUUCUACGAUAUCAAGAGGAAAAAAUACUGCGAGGGCACGGCGCUGACGUUAAGUGCGUUCAUUGGCAUCCACAAAAGUCAUUGAUCAUUUCUGGUAGUAAAGACAAUCAACAACCGAUUAAAUUAUGGGAUCCGAAAACGGGACAGUCGUUAGCAACACUUCACGCACACAAGUCGACUGUAAUGGAUCUAAAGUGGAACGAUAAUGGAAAUUGGUUAAUCACAGCGUCUCGUGAUCAUUUGUUAAAACUUUUUGAUCUCAGAAAUCUUGGCCAGGAAGUGCAAACGUUUCGAGGUCAUAAGAAAGAAGCUUCUAGUGUUGCUUGGCAUCCCACCCACGAAGGCCUAUUUUGCAGCGGAGGCUCGGAUGGCGCAAUUAUGUUUUGGCAUGUUGGAGCCGACAAAGAAGUGGGUGUUAUUGAACAGGCGCACGACAGCAUAGUUUGGACUCUUGCGUGGCAUCCGCUUGGACAUAUUCUUUGUUCUGGUUCAAACGACCACACUAGUAAAUUUUGGACAAGAAACCGACCUGGAGAUCUCAUGCGUGAUAAAUACAAUCUAAACACUCUGCCUGCAGGAAUUUCUGGCUUAGAGGAUGUCGAUAUUGAUGAACCUUCCGUUAUACCGGGUAUGGGUCCGGAUGACAAAGUUGAAUUCACACUGUCUUCUGAGACACCCACAACAAUUCCAGGACUAGAUAUAGAUAUAACUUCAAUCUCAAUUGAAGAUAAAUUUAAGUCAAAAAAGGUUCCAUACAGUAAGCCCAUACCACGAAACUUCCAAGCACAAUGGAAUGAGACUGCAUCUUCAGAAGAUGGCACUUUAUCCGAAGUGAUUAAUCAGCUGGUCGAAAAUACGUCCGGUGUUAUUCCGUUACAGAAAAUUGCUCAAAAUGCUAAUGCAUUAAUAAUUGGGGGGAAACUUAUCGCUGUCCAACCGGGAUCCAAACUAGAAGCUGCCGUUGCAGAGGGUUCGAAGAGCCUGUACGAGUACAUUGUCUCCGGUCACGUUCCUGAACUAAAUGAUGUCAUGGAUCAAAUCCGUGAGGAGUACAAGUCAUUGAAUCCGUCGUAUGAUGAGGACAACGAUGAUAUGCAAGAUCUUUCCGAAUCGAACCAUCCUCCUCCUUUAAUGGAAACAAAUCCUUUUGUUGUGAAUUUUACACGAAAACCGUUUGACUCCCCAAAUCGAUUUAUGGACGGUAGAAGUGACAGAUUUUACGAUGAAGAAUCACGCUUGGAUCAGGAUAUGAGGCAAUUUAAUUCCUUUAAUUUCGGAAACGAACACUCUGAUGUCGAUUUGAGAAAUGUCAGGAAUAUGGAUGUCGAUUUUCGGCAACGCGAUCAAGAUAUGAGAGGAGACGGACGGAUGACGGAUCAAGAUUUUCGCGAACCAUUUGACGAGGACCAGGGUUUCAGAGGUAGAUAUAAUGAUGGUGAUGAUCAAUUCGAUUACGACGAUGACAGAAAUUGGAAUGAUAAUUUUGGAAAUUCGCGGAGUGGUUCGAGAAAUAAUAAUUUUCAAAAUUAUAGACAAUCUAAUUUUGGUCGAAGUGAAGGUGGACGAUCGUUUAGGCAAGGUGAUGAUGAAAAUUGGUCUCCCCCACCUAAUGAUUAUCGAAAUCGAAAUAAUCGUCCGCGUGGCUCGGCGAGAGGUAGUCAAAGAACAAAUUCGCGGGGUCGUAGUGGCUCAUCUAGAAAUAAGGGAUCUAGAAAUAACAUUUUACAACGUAGAGGACGUUACUAAUUAAUUACAUUAUGUUUAGUGGUUAUCGAAACUACAUUUUGUGUAUAAUUCUCGUGGCAUCCAUAAGAAUGAAUUGUUAUCCGAUAUAGUUUUACAUUUAUUUUUAUGUGACUCCUAUUUCUUCUGUUAGUAUUACCUAAUUUUAAUCAUUAGCUCCGAUUGCAAACAAAAUUUAACUUUAUUGUAAUAAAAAUGUUACUGUUACGUAAUUACAAGUACAUCGUAAUCGGAUGACCCCCAUUAA